AUGGGGAACAUCAUGCAGCAUUAUGCUUACAGAAGAAUAAUGCUUCAAGAAAUAAAGUCAUAUGCUUUUUAUAGAGGACAAGUCUUCAAACUUCAUGAUUAUAUGUGUUUAUUUCUCAUCUCCGAGAGUCAAAUGAAAAGCUGCAUUCAGGUAUCCAGAGAACCUCUGGAACCACAUGGGAACCUGAUGGAGCCUCAGUGGAACCACCAGGACAAGUACUCCGAGGCUCUCAAAGAUGCCCAGGAGAAGCUGGAGCUGGCUGAAAAAAAGGCCACCGAUGCUGAAGCCGACGUCACCUCCCUGAACAGAAGCAUCCAGCUGGUUGAGGAGGAGCUGGACCGAGCCCAGGAGCGUCUGGCCACCGCUCUGCAGAAGCUGGAGGAGGCUGAGAAGGCGGCCGACGAAAGCGAGAGAGGCAUGAAGGUCAUUGAAAGCCGAGCCCAGAAGGAUGAGGAGAAGAUGGAGAUCCAGGAGAUCCAGCUGAAGGAGGCCAAGCACAUCGCUGAGGAUGCCGACCGCAAGUAUGAAGAGGUGGCCCGGAAGCUGGUCAUCAUUGAGAGUGACUUGGAGCGUGCAGAGGAGCGGGCCAAACUCUCAGAAGGCAAAUGCGCCGAGCUUGAAGAAGAAUUGAAAACUGUGACCAACAACCUGAAGUCACUGGAGGCUCAGGCCGAGAAGUACUCCCAGAAGGAAGACAAGUACGAGGAGGAGAUCAAGGUCCUUUCCGACAAGCUGAAGGAGGCAGAGACUCGGGCUGAGUUUGCAGAGAGAUCUGUAACUAAAUUGGAGAAAAGCAUCGACGACUUGGAAGAUAAGUUUCUUUGCUUCAGUCCUCCCAAGACCCCAUCAUCAAGCUGGAUGUCCCACCUCUCUGAGCUCUGCAGUCUGUCUGUCCUGCAGCUCACCCUGGCCGGCCGGCCCUUCCUUUUAGAGUCCCACACGGGGUCAGGCACGCCUGUGCCCUCUGUUGUACAGAAGCUCUUUCUUUGUGUAAAAUAAACACCUUGUAAGCUCAAAAAAUAAAAUAAAAUAAAAUAA